CAUCAGAUUUUCAUCACAUCAAUUCAACAGAAUUGCAAUGAUGAAGCUGCUGUCAGUCUUCAUCCUCCUCCUGCUUCCUCUGAUGACCUGCUGUGAACCUUUCAUCCUUCCACUGGACUGCAGCGAUGUCUAUAACCAAGACACCAGUCGAACCAGUGGAGUGUACACCAUCUAUCCCAUUGGAGCCACGUCUGCUGUCCUGGUGUACUGUGACAUGGACUCACAAGGACAGUGGACGGUGUUCCAGAGGAGGUUGGACGGCUCGGUGAACUUCUACAGACCCUGGGAUCAGUACAAGACGGGCUUUGGUAACGCUGCUGGAGAGUACUGGCUCGGUUUGGAAAAUGUCUUCUACCUGACGCAGAGAAAAAGGUACGAGCUGAUGGUCAACAUGGAAGAUUUUGAUGGAAACAAAGUGUUUGCUCGUUACUUCUCGUUCUCCAUCGAUGGAGAGUCUGACGGCUACAGGCUGAAUGUGUCUGGAUUCACUGAUGGAGGGGCAGGAGAUGCCCUGAAUUUUCACAACCAACAGAAGUUCUCUACGUUUGACAAAGACCAGGACAGCUCGUCAGUGCACUGUGCAAAAACAUAUCUGGGGGCGUUCUGGUACAACGACUGUCACUAUGCAAACCCUAACGGGGUUUAUCGUUGGGGAGCUGAUGGCACUAUCUUUGCUGUUGGUGUGGCCUGGCACCAGUGGAAGGGUCAUGAUUACUCUCUGAAGACCAUCAGCAUGAAGAUCCGUCCUCUGCAGUUAAUCUACAGAACAAACAAAUGUCUGACAUGA